AUGCGCUUCUCUACUCUUUCUGUUGUGGUUGUAGCCAACGCCAUCGGCGCGCUUGCCCUUGGGUCGCUCUCCGAGUCUGUCAAGGACUUCCCCCAGUGCUCCUUGUCGGCUUUCAAGAAUGCUCUGGACAAGGAAGGCUGUGAUGUGAAGAACAUUGGAUCCGGAACCUUCGACUGCUUGUGCGACCAUCUGGCAAGCGUCGCCGUGACGAUGAGCCUUUCCGGCCUCGACCUGAACUGCCGGGCCAACUGGAGCUCGGCUUUGACAAGAGUGUGCGCGAAUUGGCAGAUUGCUAGCACGACAGCUCCCGACUUCCCUGAAGCGACCAAGGCACUCGCCUCCGAGCUUGGCGCGGCUGGUGCUGCCGGCCCGACCAGCGCCAGUUCAACGGCCGGCGCCGCGUCGACAUCGUCAUCCAAGGGACCUGCGGCGGCUGCAACUCCAGUGAUUGGACUUCUUGGUGCGGCUGCUCUGGCGGGUAUCUUGAUUUAA